AUGGCGAUCGCGCGUCCCGUCAGGAUGCUCGGCCUGUUGGCCCUUGUGCUCUGGUGCUUUUUUCUUUACCAAGUGUUCAAGCCCACAGCCUCUAUUUUCGGUCCCGCCGGCAGAUAUGCCAACUUUGAGCGAGACCCUAACCUGGAUCCGACCGGCGAACCAGAGGGCAUCCUCGUCCGCACGUCUUCCAAAUAUGCCCCCGAUGCCAAAGAUACCGACCGUAUACCAGCGACCCUGCUAGCACUUGUUCGAAACAGCGAAGUGGAUGAUAUGGUGGCCUCCAUGGUCGACCUCGAGAGGACAUGGAAUCACAAGUUCAACUACCCUUGGACUUUUUUCAAUGACGAGCCCUUCUCGGAAGAAUUCAAAAGAAAGACCAGCGCAGCAACAAAAGCUAAGUGCAACUACGAGGUCAUCCCUGACGAGCACUGGGCAGUUCCCUCCUGGAUCGACAUGGACAUGUUCGAAGCCUCUGCUACCGUUCUCGAGAAGAAUGGCGUGCAGUAUGCCAGGAUGAUGUCGUACCACCAGAUGUGCCGUUGGAAUAGCGGCAUGUUCUACAAGCAUCCUGCUCUCAAGGAUGUCCGCUACUACUGGCGCGUCGAGCCCAAAGUACACUUCUUCUGCGAUGUCGACUACGAUGUCUUCCGCUACAUGCACGACAACAACAAGACAUAUGGCUUCACAAUUACCCUCUACGACGAUCCAAAUACUCUGCCCACACUUUGGCCCGAAACCGCCAAGUUUCUCGCAGACCACCCAACAUACCUCAAAGAGAACAAUGCCGUGAAGUGGGUGACUGACAGCGAGCGCCGACCUGAGCACAAUUACAACGCCCAAGGUUUCUCGACAUGUCACUUCUGGACCAAUUUUGAGGUCGCCGACAUGGAGUUUUGGCGCAGCCAGGUGUACGACGACUACUUUAACCACCUGGACAAGGCAGGCGGCUUCUUCUACGAGCGCUGGGGUGACGCCCCUGUCCACAGUAUCGCAGUUGGUCUUUUUGAAGACAAGAGUAAGAUUCAUUGGUUCCGCGAUAUCGGCUACCAACAUAUUCCCUUCUUCAACUGUCCCAACUCGCCCAAGUGCAAGGGAUGCGUGACUGGCCGGUUAACAGACGGAGAGCCAUUCCUUCACCGCGAAGAUUGCCGACCAAAUUGGUUCAAGUACGCUCACAUGGACUGA